GAUAGCUAUGGUGGACACUGAAUGAAUACGGCGGGUUUAAUCAGUUUUGGGGGUGAAAUGUUUUGAGCAUAUACAUAAUUUCGCGAGGAAAUACAGAAUCACUCUGUGCAUGAGAAAUAAGACAUCGCAUGAAGAGACGUUACGCGACACCAAAUUGAUAAAAAAUAUCAUGAAUUAGAAAACAAGGUUGGGAACUGAAGACAGACAGCAUGGCAGACCCUGCAAAGGUUCGGAGUGCCAAGAAACACAGUAUCUUGUCCCAUGAGUCGAUGAAAGCCAUUGCAGAAUCUGUUGGAGUUUCAGGACUGCAGGAUGAGGCUUCUUUACAUCUGGCAGAGGAUGUUACUUACCGACUCAAGAUGACUAUACAGGAAGCUGUCAAAUUAAUGCAGCAUGGUAAAAGAAGAAAGCUGUCACCCGCUGACAUUGACAAUGCCUUCAAAAUUCAGAAUGUAGAGCCAUUGUAUGGGUUUAAUGCGCCAGACUUUGUGCCCUUUCGUCACGCCAGCGGUGGCGGCAGAGAGGUGUUCUUCCAGGAGGAGAAGGAGUUGGAUCUCCAGGACCUCAUUAAUGGUGCUCUGCCCAAGAUCCCUCUUGAAGUCUCUUUAAAAGCUCAUUGGCUUUGUAUAGAGGGUGAACAGCCGGCCAUUCCAGAGAACCCUCCUCCUGUUUCUAAAGACCUCCAGAAGCUGGAGAGUAUCGACCCCAGUAUUAAGGCGUCCAAUGAUAAACUUCAGAAACCAAAACCUCUGGCGGAAAUAGCGCGGGCCAAACAUAAAGCCAAAGAUCUGGUGAAGAUGAAACAACACGCAACACAUGAACUGUCUGUGGAGCAACAACUUUACUACAAGGAGAUCACCGAGGCGUGUGUAGGAGCAGACGAAACUAGAAGAUCUGAAGCCUUAACCAGCCUAGCCACCGACCCCGGUCUACACCAAAUGUUACCAAGAUUUAGUGCUUUUAUCUCAGAGGGAGUGAAAGUAAACGUGGUCCAGAACAACCUGGCCCUCCUUAUCUACCUGAUGAGAAUGGUGAAAUCUCUCAUGGACAACCACAACUUGUACCUGGAAAAAUAUUUACAUGAGCUGAUCCCAGCAGUUCUGACCUGUGUGGUCAGUAAACAGCUGUGUAUGCGUCCAGAUGUAGACAACCACUGGGCUCUCAGAGACUUUGCUGCCAGAUUGAUAGCUCAGACAUGCAAAAACUUUAGUACCAGUACUAAUGGCAUCCAGACACGUAUCACAAAGAUGUUGAGUGCUACCCUGCAGAAUGAGAAGGCCCCACUCGCCUCACAUUACGGGGCCAUAUCUGGACUGGCUGAACUGGGACCUGAGGUUAUCAAAGCAUUCAUAAUUCCAAGGUUGAAGAUAGAGGGAGGUAGAAUCAAGAGUCUCACUGAGGGUGCCCUAGUGAACAGUGUAGACAGGAUCUCUGGGGACCAUAUCAAGACACAGCUGGUGAAACUUGUUAGUCCAGUUUUAAAGACAAUAAGAAAACCACCAGAUAGUGUGGAAGAGUAUAAAGAAGAGUAUGGUUUCCUAGGCAACCUACUUUACCUGAGUGUCACUAAGUUAAGACAACAGCCAGCCACCACUUCCAGUCAGUCAAGGCCUACAGUCACACUAACACAGCAGAAACCACAACUUCUUGUCCAGACAUCCCUGGGGAGCAGCCUUCCUCGCACCCCAACCACCCCCAGGACCUUCCAGACCUCCAGUAGUCUUAUCAACCGUACCCCAGGGACCCCAACCACCCCUGGGGCAUCCCAGAAGUAUGUGAUCCUGACCCAGGGAGGCUCCUCCACAUUGACCAGUGUCUCAGGGUCUUUCACUCCCACACAGACUGUAGUGAGAGUGGUGACUAAUACUCAGAGUGCUGGGGCUACUACCAUUAGUACCUCUACACCCAAGUUCUUAGUGAUGCCUGGAUCACAGAACACUGGGAAUAAUAAUAAUACUAAUACUUGACAGUGAGGAGAAUAUGUGUGUUUAAGUUGACAUUGAGGAUGCUGAUAUGUAGCGGAGGUACAAGGCAGAGGGAAAAUUGUAGAGAAUCAGGUUUCUGGAGAUGUGGACGUUUUAUGGAGUUGGAGAGAGUACGAGGAUAAUGGAAGGUCAGGUGAAGGUCGUUUGGAUCAGCAUUAAAGUCCUGGUGCUGACCAUUGUACUAAUAGUAGGUUUGCCACAGUUAGUUCAGCAACACCAACAUACUUGUUUGUGCCUGAGUCUGGCAGAGAUGAAAAUGAUUGUCAAAAAAUGAAAUGUCAUUAUUUUCUGUUGCAAAGUGAAUUAUAGUUUGAAAAUCAUGUCUUAUUAACAGAUGAAGUACAAAAGCAUGAUCAGUCUAGACUUACAACUGUUUAAAGCACAUUGAAAAAGGUUUCAUUUUUUGCUGGAGCUGUAAUAAUUUAUCUUCAAUUAUUUAUUUGUUUGUUUUUUUAAUAUAAACUUCAAUUUUUUAUGCAAUGUUAAAGCAGUUAUAAUGAUAUGUAAUGUAAAAGAUGAAGAAGACAAUUUUAGAAACUUAUUUUUGUAGUUAUCAAUCUCUGAUGUGAGGAAGAAAGUUCUUUUUAUAGUUCACAAAGUGACAGAUUGUUCAUAAAAUAAGCCAUUUAGGCAAGGGGCAAACUUUGCCUUUAUUUAAUGCUUCAUUUUUCUACAUCUUAACGAUCAUGCAGAAAAAAUGAAAGUUAGAUAUAAAUAAAACUUGUAAAAGUUACAGUGAU